UAUUUAUCUCCCAUCAUGCAUUACUCUCACAAAGUCUACCACUAGCUAGCUCGAACUCUUCUCUUAAAACUUUCACACACAAAACCAAUCAGCCACACGUCUAUAGCACGUUUUGCUCUGCUCACUUUUAUAAGUAGAGAAGAUCAAUCACUCUUAGAAAGUAGAAGAUAUGGUUUCGGAGGCGGUUUCGAAGAUGGAAUCACCACCGUUGAUUGGACCUCGUAUCUCUUUCUCAGCUGAUUUAUCCGACGGUGGAGACUUCAUCAGCAUCACUCCCGUGAUGUGCAAAGAGCUAGAGAAAGGGUCAGUGAAAGUCUCCGACUUUGAGUUCUUGUCGGAGAAUGUGAGUCCACAGAGGAUGCAUACCGCCGACGAGCUCUUCUCCGAAGGAAAGUUGCUUCCUUUCUGGCAAGCGAAGCACUCGGAGAAGCUUAAAAACGUUAACUUGAAGACCAACGAAGAAGAAGAAGAACAGAGUCGUAACGUGGAAGUGACGAUGAAGAGUAGUAACGAUAACAGAGUGAGUUGGUUUAUAGACGAAGACCCGUCUCCUCGUCCUCCGAAAUGCACAGUUCUUUGGAAAGAGCUUUUGCGUUUGAAGAAACAGAGGAACUCUUCUUCUUCUUCUUCGGCGAGGACGGUGUCUUCGUUGUCUCCGUCGUCGUCCACGUCAUCGUCGAGCUCGCUUGAGGAUGCGGCGAAGGAAGGGAAGAGAGGUAAGAAAGGAUUGGAGAGGACGAGAUCGGCGAGUAUGAGGAUUAGGCCGAUGAUUCACGUCCCUAUUUGCACUCCUUCUAAAUCCUCUGUUCCGUUGCCUCCUCUGUUUCCUCUGUCUCUUAAGAAAAACAGAGCAGAAAAACGCACUUGAGAAAAGUUGGAAUCUAUUAUGACACAUUAGUGGUUGAUUUGUUCAGAUUCUCAUGUGAUCUGUAACUCCAAUGCAAUGCAUGUGAUUAUUCAGAUGUAUUUUGUGUGUUGUCAUGUGUGAAAUUCGAGUAAAAGAUCUGUUCCUCUGUU